AUGGCCAACCGACCGCCCCGCAACGACGAUUUCCAGAGCAUAAUCAUCAAGAGGUACCCAAUUCCACGCAAAGAGAAUCCAUACUUCGUUGGAGACGGUGGCGUUUCCGUUCCCGAAGCUUCAGCUUCCCCUGACCCUCCUGAGGGUUCGCUUUUAUCGCCAACCCAACCAGAAGUCGGCGAGACUGGACACUCAAGAAGUACAGCUUCCAGCGGUUCUGAAAGUGGCGCCAGCUCUGGUAGAGGCAGUCAGCUACUCAGCGAGGAGCUCGCAUCCACGAAGCUAUCAUCGCUCGAAGAAGAAACGAAUCAUACAAGAGACAACGAGGCACGCAAGCAGAAGGUCAAGGACUUCUACAGCCACACCGAGACCACUGACAACCGCCCUGGCGACAACGAUGAAAUCUGA